AUGGACGAAAGGAAAACUGGAAGUAUGAAUGUAUCGUCAAUUGUUGACCUUAAGGCAGAGCUAUUCAGGAAACAAGAAGAGCUUAAGCGACAGAAGUCAGUCAGCAAUGAUGGAAGAUAUAUCAAAGGAAAAACUACUAAUACGACAAAGACAAACAUUUGGAGUAAGAAGAAUGCAGGUGUGUUAGAAAGGGCACAACAAGACUUGGAGCAGAAGGAGGAGGACGAAAACAUCUUUGAUAAGUCGAAGAAAUCUUUAGAGGCCAAAGCACAACUGUAUGACAAGAUCUGUAAAAGUUCAGACAUCCCAGAAGAAGAUGGAAGUGGCACCUACCUUGUUGACUUUCAGAAGAAGGUUAUUGACAACAUCGUGGAGAAGCGGAACAAGGAUAAGAUGGAGAGUGUACAGAAGAUACAGCACGAGCUUCCCAUGGAAGAAGAGUGCGUACCUCCAGAGGAACAGUGGGUGGAUUACGUUGAUUCACUUGGCCGAUCUCGGAGAUGUAUGAAGAAAGAUGUACUUGAGUUACAACAAAGAGAUAAAGAAUUCAAUUCCAAGCUAAGCAAUAAGACUUCAUCAGACCCUGAAUCAACAUCUGAUAAAACUGAAACACCCACCCUGAUGUCUAGUGACAUGCAGCGAGAGUUGUUACGACAGAAGUGGGAAAAAGAGGAAGAAGAAGCUAGAAACCAGGCGAUACAUUAUUCUAAUGUCCGCUAUGAUGAGAUUCGAUCCCAUGGCGUUGGCUAUUACCAGUUCUCCAGGAGUGAAGAAACCAGACAGAAGGAGAUGGAAAUAUUAGACAAACUUCGAGAACAGACGCUAGAUGAGAGGUUGCGACGUGAACGACUGAAGGAAAAACGGAAGGCCUUGUUGAGUGCCCGACUUGCCAAAGUGAAACAGCGCAGGACAAUGAAAGGUGGCUUAAUGGGACUGGAAGGUGGAGAAGGUGAUGAGAAGACUGGAGACGAAAUCGGACCCAGACAUGAGGAAAUGUUGGGACAAACUGAGGUAAAAGAGAAACAAGUGGUUGAACCUCUUACCAGGGAUGACAGCUGGAGAAAAGAUUUUCCCGUCAGAGAGUGGGACAAGGGAAAAGAACAAUUGCCCAUAUUUUCUGCUGAAAAAUAUUCUCAAGAUAGAAAAGAUGAACGUUUAGAUGAGUUCGCUCCUCCUAGUUUCUACAAAGAUGAACCCAUUGUGAAACAAUCCUUUAAAAACUUGUCUAGCAAAGCAAAGGAGUCUUCCUACAAACCGACAAUCCCACAAAAAGUCAAGAAUGAAAGUCUUCUGAAGACUGAAAGACUUGUGACACCAUCAGUGGAUGUUUCUCAUAUUCCUUUACCUCCAAAUGUUAGCAAAAUACCCACUAGAGACAAAGAGUUCACGGCAAGUAGUGAAGCAGAUUUACAAACAUAUGGUCAGAGGUUAACUGAAUCGCAACAGAUCCCUGUUGCAUACCAUGUGCAAAACAUUUCUUCUUCAAGUUACAACACCAGUGUAUCACAACACACACCCAAUAAAUAUCAUAUGCAAGACAGUUCUUCAAAUUAUAACCUUUUUGUACCACAGCAAAUAUCUGGUUCACUUCACAUGCCAGACAGUUCUUCAGCUUACAACCCUUGUGCACUACAACAAACAUCUGGUUUGUAUCAUAUGCCAGACAGUUCUUCAAAUUAUAACACAGAUGCAACACAACAAAUGUCUGGUAUGUAUCCAUUACCAGACAGCUCUUCAGACUAUAACACAAGAGUUUCAUCAGACAGGAUGCCAGGAGGCUGCUUUGUGCCUGGUUACAUACCAAAUAAAGGGUACAGAUGGUCUGCAUCAGCAUCAUCAUCAGCAUCAUCAACCAGUAAUACUCAGACUGCGAAUUCCAACAUUGCUGGAAGCACCACAAUUCAAGCCAAUUAUGGACAUUCAGCAUCCAGUACUGGUCCUGUUCCUAGUGGAUCAGCAGUAUCAACCAGUGGUUUACAUACUGUGAAUCCCAACAUUGCUGGAAGCACCACCAUUCAAGCCAAUUAUGGACAUUCAGCAUCCAGUACUGGUCCUGUACCUGAUGGGUCAACAGUAUCAACCAGUGGUUUACAGCUCAAAACAGAGCAUGGUCCACGUCUUCCUAAACUGAGCAUUGUUGAUUCAAGGUUUAUUCAGAACGAGCUGGAGUCGGAACCGAUUGGUGGCGAGUUUCUGCCCAGUACGGAGAUGGAGGCUGUAGCGUAUGAGCCAGGCAGUUACACGGAGGCGCUGAAUCAGUGUGCGAGUGAGAACCAGUACACCGCGGCUCCAGGCAGGUCAAACUACAGUGGGGGAGCAGUGCUGUACACACAGAAAUCAUCCGAUUCAGGGACGGAACACACUGCAGAUGAGGCUGUUGACAAAUUUUUGAAGGACAUUAGAAACGAAACAGUGUAGUGAAGAAUAAAGGAAUUAGGAUAUUUCAUGGCAACUGUUUUAUCAGAAUGAAUUAAAACUGAAUAAAAAGGAAAUGGACAAAAUUUAGAAUAAGUGAAAUAUAUAGGAAUUAGGAUCAUUCAUGGCAUCCAUUUUGUUAGAAUGAAUUGAAAGUUGUUAACACAGAUAUAACAAAAUACAGGUGAAACUCUACAGCUUAGAAAUGAUACCAAUACCUUUGCAGUUUAUAUUGGAUUUAAAAAACCAGAUGUCGCAUUUGUGUAUGACGUGUAAUAACAUUUAAAAUGCUAUAUUCGUGUAUGACAUGAAAUAAUAACAUUUACAAUGCUAUAUUCGUGUACGACAUUAAAUAAUAACAUUACAAUGCUAUAUUCGUGUACAACAUGAAAUAAUAACAUUUACAAUGCUAUAUUCAUGUACGACGUGAAACAAUAACAUUUACAAUUUGAUAUUGUGUACGACGUGAAAUAAUAACAUUUACAAUGCUAUAUUCGUGUAUGACAUGAAAUAACAUUUACAAUGCUAUAUGAUUUAGAAGUAGAGAGGUUUUAAGUGACAGACCCUAGUUUUUAAACACUGUGGCAUAUUUUUCACUAUUAAAGCCAUUUUUGAUAAUUUAAAUUAGAAGUACUUGCAUUUUAUUAUUUAGAAUAUUAAUUUUCAUACACCUGAAGU